CGGCUCGUGCCUGUCUGGUCGUGUCCCAUUUCACAUUUUGGAGUGAGUGAGUGAGUGAGUGAGGGUUAGUGUUCUCCUUAAAGGAAGCUGAAGGCUUCGGAACUUCCUAUCGUAGCACCGUUAUUUCUGCCCUGCAUUGACAAGUAUGGAGUCCAGAGUCCGUAACAUUUGUUCGUUUUUGGGUCUUCUUGUAAUUUUACUACGUCACAGCGUUGAGGCUCAGGCUAAUGGCGAUUGCCCGGCUGACGGACGGACAUGGGUGCCCUUUGGCCAGAGCUGCUAUCACUUUGUCCACGGAGAAGAGGAUGUUGCCAAACGUUACACCAUAGAGGAAGCUAAAAAUAUGUGCCGUGGCUUUGCCCUUCUGAUUGUGAACACUACUUCAGUGAAUAACUUUGUUGUUCAGUACAGCCCAGAGGUGUGGAAAAACAAUGUGAACAUCUGGCUAGGAUUAUAUUAUGACACUGACGAUGAUCAGUAUAAAUGGUUCGAUGACUCUGUUGUGAGCUUUAAGAAUUGGGUGGAAGGAGGCUCACCUGAUUGGGACAUACCUUUAAUGGACAAAUGUGUAGUGCUGCACUCCACCACUGGCAAAUGGGAGAACGUCAGCUGCACCAAGGACACUGAGAACGGAGUGGUGUGUGAAGCAGCCCAGAAACCUGUUGUAAUUGGGAAAAAGAAUGGCAGUCCUCUCCUCUCGGCACUAGUCAUUCUGAGUGUGAUAGCUAUUCUGGGAGUGUCUGCAGUUGUGUGGUUUUUCCACCAACGGAGCAACUCUGGCACUGCGCUGCUUCCCUCUUUCGAGUACCAUCCUCCUUUCAGAGCACCCUCAGCUGACCAGACGUGUUUGGUGGAGGCUGAAGAGCUCGAGGAGACGUCCUAAAGCCCAGAGUCCUGAGCCUUAACGAUACCAUCAUAUUUUCAGUUACACCCCAUUAAAAAUUAAGCGACACUAUGGAAGACUUGUUACAUACUACUUGAUCAGCUGUUCUCUUUAUAUAUGCCAAUUACUUUAAGCGAAUAUGCAGUUAUUGAAUAGCCUGAGUCUGUUUAAAUGACCCAUUGUUUGCUGUGGUUAAUGUAUCACAGAAAGCAGAGGAGUGAAGUAAUUUUGUUUGCUUUUUUUUUUUUUCUUUCUUUGGCUCAGAAUUUAAUGACUAUUUUCGUGAUGACUGAUUUUUCCAUCUAGGUGUUAUAUAAAUAAUGACAGCACCUUUUCUAAUCUCAUUGAUCACAAGUGUUUUAAUUGUUCAGGUUUUUGUAAAGCUAUUUUGUCGAGCUCACAUUUCUAGUGUUGUUGAUUAUUGCACUUUCUGGAUGUCUCCUUUUCACAAUACAGUGUGCCAAUAUUUUAGAUUGUUUGAUGCUAUCUUUACAAACAGAACAAAGAAUGGCCCUGAGCAUGUCAGGCUUUAGGAAGCCUGAGUUUUAGAGAUGCUCUGUUUUGUACAUAAUAUCUGAUUUAAUGAAGAAUUUAUUUUUUUUUUUUUGGACUUGGUUUGUAAUUUGUAUGCUGCAUUUGUAAUAUUAGCAAUGUGAUGCGUCAUUUAAAAAAAGUGAAAUUGUGCCUUACCAAGCAAUCUGAAUGAAAUGAUCAGCACAGCAAAAAUGCAAGUCUUUAUAGUGUAAUGAGCAUUAUAAUGUCAUUGUCGUAUGAAGCAUUGCACUUUUCUGGUAGAUUUUAUGCCUCUGUCUAAGCGAGCCAUGUAAUAUUUUUAAUUGCAGAUUUAUGUGUGUGUGUGUGCAUGUGUGUGCACCUUAUUUUGUUAUACUUUAUCUGGAAUCCUAUUGAUUAACAGCUUGCAAGGUCAUUUAACAUUUAUAGUCACAGAUUUAAUAAAAAUCUUUGUUGGAAUUGA